AUGGAUGAAGGACUGAGGGACGAACUUGGUCUAACUGGCACACCUCAUCCGCUGAGUCUAAAAUGGACGGAAGGAGUGACCAGAGAAGAGGAUGAUUCGGAGAGGCUGCAAAUACGUAUGUGCGGCUACGACGAGUCACCGACGGAUGAAUUGACACACGUGCACACCGUGAAGCAACUCGCGCUACCACCACAGUCCGUCGACGUGGUAACUGGCCGCCAAGCUGUGCCGCGCAUACUCAUCGGAGCAGAUAACUGCCAUUUGGGACAACCGUUGAAGACCGUGAAGGGCAAACACGGUGAACCGGUCGGUUGGAACACCAGCUUGGGUUGGGUCAUUUACGGUCCUUGUGUUGGUCGAGACGAUCAACAUGCCACCUCCAUGAAGACACCCACCUGCAGCAAGCAACGGACCACCACGCCGAAAGCUGGACAACAGUGGGACACCAAGCGACAAAGCGCUCGACCGAAGAUCGAUCUUUCCGUCGACCCGGGAACGCCUUGCAAGGCUGCGGUGACGCAGCGUUUACUCCUUUCAUUAUGCUACUUAUAUCCAUCCAACGGACAGAAUAUAUCCAUAGAUAAAGUAGACAAUCAACCGAUAAUAGGAAUUAAUGUAGGGCCUGCAAGAAUUAAAAUUGAUAGUUAUCAUUAUGUUCACCAUUUCAAUAUCACUGCAUACAAAAGUUAUUUUCAGACAAUAAGGUACGAUUUCGAUAAAAUAGCCCCAACUCAGUUUACACCGAUAAUAAAAAAUCAAUUAGACCAUUUGAACACCCUCCUUAGACAGCUCUCUCCAGUCAAUCGUUUUAAACGUUGGGAUUCCGUCGGUACUCUUUGGAAGUAUUUAGCAGGGAACCCUGACGCUAAUGACCUUAGAAUAAUAAACAGCAGUUUAAACGACCUGAUAGAUAACAACAACAAACAAAUAACCAUAAAUAGACAGUUUAAUAACAAAAUUAAAGAGUUAGCUUUUAACACAGUCAAGGCUAUAGAGCAAUCAAAUUCAUUAGAAACCCAUUCAAUUGUUAUAUAUAUGCACUUAGAAAAAAUUAUAGAAUCUGUUCAAGGAAUUAUAGAUAGUAUAGUUUGGACAAAAGCGAAUAUUGUUAAUGAAAAGAUUUUGUCAGCUUUGGAAAUGAAUUUGCUAGAAAAAAACUUACAAUCUGAAAACAUACCCUUCACAACGAAAGCUGAAGCUCUCACGUUCAUCGAAACCUCAAUCGCCACCAAUAAUCGCGAAAUAGUUUUGCUACUAAAAACCCCUAAACUCGACCCCAGAAUCUUCCGUAAAGUCAAAAUCUAUCCUGUGUUGUACCAUCAAGGGCGAAUCCACCUGGACCACACAUCAUACGUCAUUAACGGAAACAUUAGCUACAUGGUAAACAGUCUCAAUCAAUACGUAUAUUCCAUGAGUGAAGUCAAUCAAGAUCGAUCAGAAUGUGUACCAAGGUUAAUUGGAGGACAACAAGCUUCAUGCAAUUUUACAAAACAGCCACGUACAUUUGAAGCGUUUCGAGUAGGCGACCAAGCCGUGUUGAUCAACUCAAUCCAAAAUUUCUCGCUUUUCAACAAUUGCGGAACCAGCAAUAGAACGUUAAAGGGAUCAUUCGUCGUCAGAACAAACUCAUGCGACGUAUGGAUAAAUGAUGUACAAUUCUCAUCGAAGGUGGUAGAAAUGAUAGGCGAGCUCUCGUUAUAUCAGUUGGACGGAAUAGUCGUCAAUAAGCAGCACGAGGUUAUCAAUAUGUCUAUCGAACACCUUCUAGACCUACACCUUGAAACAAGGAAAGAACUCGAGCACAUUCGUUUAGAGAACCAAUCGCUAUCCAUCACCUGGCCAUCCAUAAGCCUUUUGGGAGGAACGUCGAUCCCUCUCGUCAUAUGCAUUGUAAUUUUGCUGGUAUGUAGAAGAAAAGCAAAAGCUAGAGUUGAUUUGACGAUCGCACCUGCAAAACCUGCCUACACAACGUUUCCACACCGUAGCUAUGUUCCGGGGACGUCAACAACAUAAGGAAGGGCGAGUUAGCACAUCGGCAUCAAACUGCUGAUGCGGCGGGUUGAAUAACUUGGGUAUCGAUAUGCUGAUCGAUAUAUGCAUAUCG